GGGGCCGGGGUCGGAGCGCGCCGCGCGCGCCGCGCCGUGCUCUGCUCUGCUGUGCCGUGCUUUGCAUCGCAUCGCAUUGCAUCGCGCUGCACCGCGCCGCGCGGCACGCUCGCGCCUUCUCUCGCGCUCUUCCCCCCCCCCCUUCUUUUUUUUUCUGGUGGUUUUUUGUGGGUUUUUUUUUUUUGUUUUUUUUUUUGGAAAGUGCCUCUUCUUGAAACUAACUCGGCUCUUGGCUCCGGAGGAGAAGCGGCGGAGGGGUGUUUUUUUAAAGCUACAGGACCCGUUUGCAGCCGCCCCGCUUUGAUAGCGCUGCGUGUGCCUGUGUGUGUGCGCGCGUGUGUGAGUGUGUGCGUGCGUGCGUGUGUAUGUUUUGUUUUGCUCCGCUCCAGCAUGGGCAGCGCCGGCGGAGCCCCGCGGCCCGGGGUGCCCGCGCUGCCGCCCCGGCCCCGGCUCUGAAGACGGCCAAGCCCCAGCGCGGCGGAGGCAGCGCGGUUCGCUCCGCGCUCUCGCAUGGAGGGAAGAAGCAUGUCCCGUCUGUCUCUAACACGGUCCCCGGUUUCUCCUCUGGCUGCUCAAGGAAUUCCUCUCCCAGCUCAACUCACCAAGUCGAACGCUCCUGUGCACAUCGAUGUAGGAGGACACAUGUACACCAGCAGCCUGGCUACCUUGACAAAGUACCCAGACUCCAGCUACUUUCUUGUGAUGGGACAAGUGACAGACUUAAAACAGACAUACCUACGUGGGCGGCAGUGCCAGGACACAGGAAUAAGUCGUCUGUUUAAUGGCACAGAGCCUAUUGUCUUGGACAGUUUAAAACAACAUUAUUUCAUUGAUCGAGAUGGUGAAAUUUUCAGAUAUAUAUUAAGCUUCCUAAGGACAUCUAAGCUACUGCUCCCAGAUGACUUUAAGGACUUUAAUCUUUUAUAUGAAGAAGCAAAGUAUUACCAGCUGCAGCCAAUGAUUAAGGAACUUGAGCGAUGGAAACAAGAGAAAGAACAAAGGAAACAUUUCCAGCCUUGUGACUGCUUGGUUGUAAGAGUGACUCCAGAUCUGGGGGAGAGAAUUGCACUGAGCGGGGAGAAAGCUUUAAUAGAAGAGAUCUUCCCGGAGACCGGGGACGUCAUGUGCAACUCCGUAAACGCAGGCUGGAACCAGGACCCUACCCAUGUAAUUAGGUUUCCUUUGAACGGAUACUGCCGGUUGAAUUCAGUGCAGGUGCUCGAAAGAUUAUUUCAGAAGGGGUUUAACGUGGCAGCUUCAUGCGGUGGUGGGGUGGAUUCCUCUCAGUUCAGUGAAUAUGUGCUGUGUCGUGAAGACAGACGACCACAACCUACCCCAACAAUCAGAAUAAAACAGGAGCCCCUGGACUAGACCCUACCCGUACUCCUUUGUAACCGUAGAAGUGUUUAAUAGUCCCUUAUGUGAAACACUAAGGAUUUGCAAAACAGUAUUAGCAAACAGUUUUUGACUUUAUGUUGCCAAUUAGUGGUAUUCUGAAACUACCUGUCACAUAGCCAGCCAUGAAAUGCAUUUGAAAAACCAGUUGUCCGUUUUUCAUGAUGAAAUUCCUGAGCAUGCUCAGCAUACCAGCCCUGCUGGGAAUGUACUUUGGGCUGAACAGCUGCGGUGGUGAAAAAGGCAAAGCUUCGUAAACCCCUGACCCUAGAUUGGACUUCUGCAGAAAGACCAAUUAAAGCUAUUUGAAUAGAUCAGCAGGAGAAACGAUUCUGACAGCCUUUCCAACGAUACCCCGAUGCUGUGACGCGUGGAAGUGGGCGCCUCGGAGAGGAAGAUGGUACACUAAAAACUGCACUGAGUAUCUUCCCUGACUGCCGCACCUCCUUCAUAUCAGACGUGCUUUACAACUCCGUACAUUACAAUUCCGUGAUUGUACUCACUCAUGCUAGCAAAUGGCUUAUUUUUAUACAACAUUUCCAACUGAAAUAUCUCUCUGUGGACAGAAUCCAGAAUCAGAAAAGGACAGAUUUAUAGUCAACUGGUGCUCAGUACUAAAAAACCCCACACAAACGAAACAAAAAAGCGACAAAAAAAUUGUCAAAGCUGAUUAUGGCAAUAUUUGCAAAAGUAGGGAUCUGGAAGCACAAAAUAAAAUGCAUCCACCAUCACACAAGGGUCACAUACCCAACGUGGAGCUGUAGUUCUCUUAAAGCCAGUUUUGUUUUGACUCAGAAACUGUUAAGUUUUGCAUCAUCAAAGAAGCAUGGUUCUGCCAAGCAAGCUCUGCCACCCCUUGUUACUCAUUCACUAACCAUGUUAUAAGCCCACAUUUAGGAAGAAACAUUAAGAAUUUUGGACAAACCUACUCUUUAUGGGUCUGGAAUUUUUGCAAAAAGAUGUGAAAACCGUCUACUGCCAUUGUCCAAUGAAAGCAGGCCAUCUGUUGUUUAGAUUGUUUUUCCUCUAUUAUUUUAAACUAUUAUUAAAAUACCGAUUACUGUA